CUUUGUUGUGAGCCCAGGACAGCAAAGUUUGCUGCACCCCAUCAGCCUUGCAGCGUUUGGGCUGAUCACUAGGAAGGCAGCAGAAAGAGAAAUUUGGUUCAGACUUCACCAGGAGCCUUUGGUCUCUCCCUCUUCCUACAUUAAGUAGGAGAGGGACAUUUACCUGCCCUCUGUUACACUCCAAGGGCUCCCUGAUGAAGGUGACUUGCUGGAUCCUGGCAGGUUUUUACCUGCUUUACUGCUGCAAAGCAGAAGAGGGACUGAAUUUCCCCACUUACGAUGGGAAAGACCGGGUGAUCGACCUGAAUGAGAAGAACUACAAGCAGGCCCUGAAAAAGUACGACAUGCUCUGCCUGCUUUUCCAUGAACCCGUGAGCUCUGACAAGGUCUCCCAGAAGCAGUUCCAGAUGACAGAGAUGGUCCUAGAGCUGGCGGCUCAGGUCUUGGAGCCCAGGAGUAUUGGCUUCGGGAUGGUGGACUCCAAGAAGGAUGCCAAACUUGCCAAAAAGUUAGGCUUGGUUGAAGAGGGAAGUCUCUAUGUCUUUAAGGACGAGCGGUUGAUUGAAUUUGAUGGUGAACUGGCCACGGAUGUCUUGGUGGAAUUCCUCUUGGAUCUGCUAGAAGACCCUGUGGAGAUCAUAAACAGCAAGCUGGAGCUUCAGGCCUUUGACCAAAUCGACGAUGAAAUCAAACUCAUCGGCUUCUUCAAAGGAGAAGACUCUGAACAUUACAAGGCAUUUGAAGAAGCCGCUGAACAUUUCCAGCCAUACAUCAAGUUCUUUGCCACCUUUGACAAAGGGGUUGCCAAGAAGCUAGGUCUGAAGAUGAAUGAGGUGGACUUCUAUGAACCAUUUAUGGAUGAACCUGUUCACAUCCCUGAUAAGCCUUACUCGGAAGAGGAGCUGGUUGAAUUUGUGAAGGAGCACAAAAGGGCCACCUUGCGGAAGCUGCGCCCAGAGGACAUGUUUGAGACGUGGGAGGAUGACAUGGAGGGAAUCCACAUCGUGGCCUUCGCUGAAGAAGAUGACCCGGAUGGUUUUGAGUUCCUGGAAAUCCUGAAGCAGGUUGCCAGGGACAACACCGAUAAUCCUGACCUCAGCAUUGUCUGGAUUGACCCCGAUGACUUUCCUCUGCUGAUCACUUACUGGGAGAAGACCUUCAAGAUUGACCUGUUCAGACCACAGAUCGGGGUGGUGAAUGUCACAGACGCUGACAGCAUCUGGAUGGAGAUCAGAGAUGAUGACGACCUGCCCACAGCCGAGGAGCUCGAGGACUGGAUAGAGGAUGUGCUUUCUGGGAAGAUAAAUACCGAAGAUGAUGACGACGACGACGAUGAUGAUGAUGAUGACGACGAUGAUGACGAUGAUGAUGAUGAUGAUGAUGACGACGAUGACGACGAUGAUGAUGAUGACGACUAACUGUGACUCAGUGCAGUUUGACUUGUGGGGUCUGAAAGGCCUCCUCCUGUGGCAGGUUCCUCCAUCGGAAGACCUGCGUUUGAGCGUCAGCAAGCACCACUGCUCCUCUUUGCCCCCUGCCCUGCUCCCCCUGCUCCUGCCCUUGCUGGGACCCCCCGGCCUGAUUCUCAGUGGUGCUGACCCCCCGGGACUGCCCCAGCAGGCACCCAGCACCGCUGCAAAUCAUGCCUCUUUAGUAAGGACAAUAGGAAUCUGCAAGGAAUCUGCCCCGAGUGUCCCAGGGCAGGAGGAAAGUGCCUGCCUGCUCGCUGCCAGAGGGACACGGAGCCAAUUUGUAUUCUCCAUGUUCGUUGGCCCAGCACUUAACAUCCAGAGACCAAAUCUCACUUCAAGACAUAGGGAAGGCCACUGUAAAGUUUAGCCUGUUUAUUAAACACAAUGCCCUUUGCAUCUACUCUGCCAAGACCACUCAAUCCUGCAAGUUCUGCUGCAGGAGCCUGUAGCAACUCAUUAACAUGCUAGGAGCAGCGAAAGGCUUUGAGAGGGAAAGGAAGGUCUUAGGGAUGCUAUUGAAGAUUUCAGUGAGUCCCUAUAUCAGGAUAUUCUUGCCUGGCAGUGCAGUGCAAAACCAAACACCAUGGUCCCUGUUUGAACUUUUUUCUUCUUGAAAGUUCAGGCCAAAGAUAGGGUAAGUGCAGGUGGUCUGAUAUGGG